GCACCGUCACUCCUCUAACCCUAACCCAUCUCCCACCCACCCUCCUCUCACCAUGGACACUACCAACUUCUUCCUCUCACCGCAGACGCAGCCCGCCAUGGCAGCAGACGCAGCCCGCCAAGGCCGCCGCUGCGUCGGAUCUGGAGUGCAAGGCGAUUUAUGGCUUCGUCGAUGAUGAUUUCGAGCUAGUCACCGAGAUCUACAACCAGGCCAUUGUGGCUCGCGACCCCAACCUCUAUGUCGCUGGAUCCGGCCGCCCCUUCCAUCUCUAUUUACCUUCUUCCCCAGAUCGAUCCCAUCUCUCCCCUUCUUGAUCUGUUUCCCUCGACCUUUCCUGCUGUUUUCCAUAGGUUCUGAUUUGAUUUUCUGUUGAUCUCACAGGCGACGGCGGAUCUUGCGGAUGCGGACGGGGACGAGUCCGCCAGGAUGGAGAGCACAGCGGCUGCGGUUCAGGGGAACUCGCCCGACAAGGCCAGGCGGCACUACGAGCUGCUGGUGGAGGACGUGGACGGCAUGAACCCAGCACGGCACAGGUGUGCACGCAGCUCAGCGCCCCACCGAUGCACGCGUGCGCGCCCUCGUGCGGUCGCGAGAUUCCGCUUGUACACAUCGCCCUCUUUUCCGGUAAAAAUGAACAAUGGUUGCAAGUUGAAGGGGAUCCUGAGUACCCGUGGCAGCGACUACAGGUCAGUGCUCGAUUGAUCCAUUCGCUGGGAUGGCCAGUGCUACUGCUGCUGUACCACAUGGCCAGGUGGUUGUACAUAGCCAGCCGCUGGGACAUGAUGCUAGAUGGAGCGGUGCACUCCUGGAGCACUCGACAGGUUGCCAUGGCGUUGGAGGGGAGAAGAUAUCUAGCUCGUUGCCUACGAGAGGACCUGGGGCCCUGUAGGUUGGGAAAGGUCCUGGACCUUGAGGUUGGGAGCCAAGUCUACCGGCCAGACGUUUCGACUGAUGGAUGUUGUGUGCUGUAGGGAUAUGGUCCUGCCGUGGGUUCAUUUUGGGCUAUAUUCAGUUGCCAGCUUUUGAUAGUUGGAUUAUUGUUGUAUAUAUGUGAUUUAGGCCGUGGAAAUAUUGUAACAGACAUGAAUUUCUUGUAUUCUCCAGUUCUGAUUAAAUUAUUUGUUGUUUAAUUA